UUCGACAUCUUCAACCGAAAGGUUGGCUUCGUAGCGUUGUGAGCUCUGCCUUUUUGGUUCAGCGAGUUUUUUGUAGAGGUGUUUAAGAUUGGAAAAAAUAGUUUGUCUACGGAACGUGCUAAUAUAACCGAAGAAAGUUAUAACAACGUCGUGAUCAACAACAUCGUCGAGAAUACAGCGGCCGUACGUGCGUUACUGGCGUUACGGCGAUCGAAAGCAGUGCAGUGUGUUGCUUUAUUUCGUAUCGAGUGUGUUUGUUGUGCGGUGGAUCAAGUUUUCGCUUUGUUGCAGUACUUUACGUGACCUUCCUCAUCAAUCUAGUUCAAACGAAUUGCUUAGAGAAAGUUACUCUACAAGUUGGGAAGUAAGUGGAAAGCCUAAGGCCGUGUUUGUGCGUUAGAACUACAGCACCGUGUGUGCGUUACCUUCCUACCCCACCCUACCGACCCGUGUUUGUGCGUUCGAAAAGGAAAAAUUGUAUAACCUUCGCGUUAGCAAACAUCCUUCCAAGAAGAACUGUGCAAAGGACAAGUGUAAUAUUUUCACACAUUCGUUUAUCGAUUCGCGCAACCAUAACCUCAACGUUUGAGGUAAAAUAAAAUUGUAGAAAAAGUUGCCCAUCGCGUAACGCAACCCCCGCGCUAUCUCACGCACACACGAUCACACCGCGCAUCGAAAUCGAAAGAGUUAGCUGACGGCGGAAAAUAUAGUCGUCCCAUUCGCUCUGCAGCGGGGCAUUGCCGUGCGUGUGAACAGAAGGCUGCUUUGCUGUCCAACAACAGUUUCGUGUGCCGUGCUGCUUGAAAUAAAAACCCAUCGCCCUUAUUUAAGGUUGUGACGAUAUUAACUCCUCGCCGGUGAAACUGUGCCAAGUGUGUUUUUGGAUAAAUGAUUGCGGAUGAAGGCAGCAGAUCUGCUUGGCCGUGUUUUAGCAACGCGAGGGGCGCCAUUUUCCCCCCUAAACCCACAUCACCAUCGUAGUGAUUACGCCGCACACUUCGAUCCACAACGGUCUGGUGUCGGUUGUCUUCCUGCGAAAGGAAAGAAGCAGUAAAAAGAAGUGUUGUAUAUAAACAGAAGUACGAGAGAAAAACAUUUGCGCCGAAAAACGCCAAAACAGGUUGUGCGUCGAGUUUAGCAGAGGGUGUGAACAUUUGUUAGUUGGAACACGGAAAACAGAUAAUAGCGAUCAUGGGAGCCCAGGUUUACAGUCAAAUGGUACAGCGAGUGCACCAGUCGCCGGCCCCCCCACGAAUUCAAGCGUCGAUGCGGCCAAAACCGGGCCGGAUUAAUCGUGCCAAGGCGAACCUCUUCGGAAAGGUCGAAUCAGCAUCGGUCAAACAGUAUGUCGACCAGCACCUAAAGGAGCAGUUGGAGGCGAAGAGCAAAAAGUGGAGCUUCGAUUUUCAGAGCGAGCGACCGCUGCAGAACGGUCAAUUCGAGUGGGAACGGGUGCAGACGACGGUUCCGGUCGCACCGGCCAUGAUAACGCUAACAAACGCGGCACAUGUUGUUCCACCGGCUGUUGGUUUGAGGCGGUUGCAGAUACUUCGCAGAAGCCACAGCAACAGCAGCAGUAGUAACAGCAGUAGCACCUUGUCCCGUGAUCUCACGAUGGAAGAACUGAUGGACGAACGGGCAAAUCGUGCAAACGGUCGCGGACUCGGUGUCGAAGAAACACUGGACGAUUCACUUUCCUCCUCGACGUCGACACUGUCACCCACGCCACCGGCCAGCCCCACCUCGGAGGAGUCCGAAACUAUCGUUACCUAUCCGACCCUCGAAGACCACGACCGCAUCAUCAGCACACUCCGCGGCGAAACGAAACAGCAUGCAGCGCCCGCGAGUCCACCACCAAAGCUGCGACAACGGCAAAUCACUGAAUUCCUUAAGGAACGCAAGCGCCUCUCGUCGUCCUCGGUGGAGCGCAUCUCGGUCAAGAAGGUACGCCUGAUGGGUGGCGCAUCCACGCCGUCCUCCACGGUGACCUCGGCCGAUGUUGCUUCGACGUCCGCGUCCAAAAACUAAACCUCGACUGUGCCACAUCCCCCCCCGGUGCAUCAUCCGACCAAACCAACGCGAGGAGGACCGACCGAAGCAAGCAACAACACACAAUACACUGUAGCUGACGCUUGGAUGAAAGGAACGGACAAUGCUCGCUCGCGAGGCAAAGGACUGACAUCACACCAGAAGUCAGCGCAGUCUUGUGGCUUUUCCGGGACACCUUGCUUGGAUCGGACUGCGUCAGGGGAUUAUAACACUUACUUUUAGAACCAUUUUAACCUUAGAUUUACCGCCACACAAAGCCCAUGGCUAUGCAAGCCAAUUUUCUUUUUUAGCAACCCAAAUCGGAACGGAAACUAACUUUCGAACAACUUUCGCAAAGUCCCGCUUUGGUUACAGUUUAACAGGAUUUUUGAAAUUUUUCUUUUUGAUUUUGUUUUCCUCUUCGUGAGUCUAUUUACAAUUAAGAACUACAGAUCGUGGCUAGAUGCAAUCUACUGUUAGUAGUAGAGUAGGAUUGUCUAGGCCCGCAUAGAGACGUCUUUAUCGAAUAUUUAACAUUUUCCCUUUACCGCAAGCCCAUUUACUACAGCUAGAAGUAGUAUUUGGGCAGAUAACAAUCACGAACGAAAACAAAAACAACCUCUAAAUGCUAUUUUGUAAAUUCACGUAGGAGAAGGUUACGUUGCGGGAACCAAAGGUGUGUGGCACCUUUCGUACGACCGAUACGAUCCGAUGGUAAUAUCCAGUAUCUAAAUCGCUUGCAUGGAAGGUGCAGCCGUUGUGAACGCGCCGAAGAAACCGGUACAGAAUCGAGCCAUCUCAGGCAGAGCCACGAGAUACUAUCGGUGAAUCUGUAUCGUUUUAUAUACUAUUGUAAAUAAAUACCUGUAGAAC